CACUCUCACCCCAUAUUGCCAUGUAAGAGAAGAAAAAGAACAGAGGAAAUGAAGCCAGAACCAGGAGAACAAUAAGUGAGAAGCGAAGAGACCUAUCUCUACCUUCGUGUUUGUUUCGUUAUAUGAUCUUCGGUGGAUUGGAUAAGAAGAAACCAGACCCAUUUGUUUUUGCUACUGAAUGUGCCUGAGUUGGGUUUUGCUUCUUUUACCGCUUUACUACCCAAUCAAAAGAAUAAAAGAGGAGGAGGAGAAGGAGAAGCCAUAAAGGCUCUGCUUUUCUCGAAGAUUGCAGAGCAAGAAGAUAUGGGUAUUCCGUCCGACGACGUGGUUCUCAUCAGGGAACCAGAAAAACAAGGUGGCCCGAGUGUGAUUACUGUGAACUGCCCAGAUAAGACCGGCUUGGGAUGCGAUCUUUGCCGAAUAAUUUUGUUCUUUGGGCUUAGCAUUGUGAGAGGAGAUAUUUCGACGGAUGGUAAAUGGUGUUACAUAGUGUUCUGGGUCGUCGGAAGGUCGUCGACAAGGUGGAGUCUGUUGAAGAAAAGACUGGCAGAAGCUUGCCCUUCUGCUUCAGGAAUUUACUAUUACAGGCCAGAGUUGCAGCAGCCGAAGCCCCCAGAUGUUUUCCUCUUAAAGUUAUGCUGUCAUGAUCGAGAAGGGCUCUUGCACGAUGUGACCGAGGUUCUCUGCGAGCUUGAGCUUAUAAUAAGGAGAGUGAAGGUAUCCACCACACCAGACGGGAAAGUGAUGGACCUAUUCUUCAUCAAAGACACCAGGGAACUCCUACAUACAAAGAAGAGACAGGAGGAAACAGAUGAUCAUUUGAGAGCUGUUCUUGGUGAUGCCAUGAUAAGUUGUGACAUAGAAUUGGCUGGCUCCGAGAUGGUGUCAUGUUUACAUGGUUCAUCAUUUCUCCCAUCUGCAAUCAGAGAAGAAAUGUUCAGCUUGGAAAUGCAUGAUGAACACCCAAGUAGGUCUUCUGCACGAAGCAGUGUAUCUGUUACAAUGGACAACAAACUCAGCCCUUCUCACACACUUUUCCAAAUCAUAUGCCAAGAUCACAAAGGCCUAGUCUAUGAUAUCAUGAGAACACUGAAGGAUUACAACAUCCAGGUUUCGUAUGGAAGGUUCACUACAAACCAAAGGGGAAGCUGUGAAGUGGAAUUGUUUGUAAUGCAAGCAGAUGGGAAGAAGAUAGUUGACCCAAACAAGCAAAAUGCUUUGUCCUCUCGCCUACGGAUGGAACUCUUUCGUCCUCUUAGAGUAGCUGUAGUAAGCAGGGGUCCAGACACAGAGCUGCUGGUGGCAAACCCUGUAGAGUUAUCUGGAGAGGGGCGGCCUCUUGUUUUCUAUGACAUUACUCAUGCUCUCCAGAUGCUGAAUAAGUGCAUUUUCUCGGCUGAAAUUGGAAGGCACCUGAUUGGGGAUCGAGAGUGGGAAGUUUAUAGAAUUCUUCUCGAUGAAGGGGAUGACUCUUCUGUUUCAAGGAACAUGAUUGAGGAGGGCGUUAGGAAAAUGUUGAUGGGUUGGAACUGAUCAUGAUUCAUGACUGAGAAGACUGUUCAAAUUGGAUGACUGGAAGCUCCUCUGCCAGACCGCUAGUGUACAGUAUAGCGUUGUCCAGUCUACUUCUCUGCUUGUAGUUAGUUACAAAGUGAAAACUAUGAGAUAUAUCUUGUGAAAAGGUGAGCUGUUUUAUCAGUUGGGGAGUCUACGCCUUAGCCUAAGACUUUGUUGCCACUAACUAGGUUUGUACAGAUGAGUACAUAGAAAAGGAAGCAUAAGGCUCCCUUGGUAAUGUGCAUACUCGUUACAGGAAGGGAGAUGGAUAAACAACCUGUUCAUACCUGUUUCUAUUGACCUCACUCUGUAUGGAAGCAAAAGAGAUAGCUAGACUAUGUUGUAACGAAAGAGAGAGCUAUUAGCUGCACCUGGGUAGAGAUUUUGAGGUUGAACCUAGACCUUUUUCUUUUGAAUGAAAUUCAGUUUCUGAAGAACCCAGGAAGCGUCCCAAAUAUAACUACUUUGUUCUCGUUGUAAAAUUUUCCACUGUGAUUGUUGGUGGACCUUCAAAAGGAGUAACAAUUUCAGCAAAGGUGUGAGUUUCAGGCCAAAUGGUCUUAUACUGCAGUGACACAGAAUUUCAUGACAUAGCAUAGGGUGGUGGAGUUAAGACAGGCAAAGGAGUGGGAAAGAGUAAUGUGGAUAUGGAUAUAAUUUUAUCCAAUUGGAGUGCCUGAGACCUGAGUUUCAAACUUUCAAUGAUCAUACUACUUUAUUUAUGGAAAGAUGAACUAUUCUUUUGAUA